AUGACUUUAAUAAAUUCCUUAAGUAAACUAGGUCAAUUUAACCAUUCAAAAUCUAAAUCUAUUCAAAAUGCUAUUGUUGCUUCUCAAAACUCGAUGGUAUCAUACGGACAAGGUCAAAUAAGUUUAGAACACCUCAUUGAAAUCAAACUUCAUUUAAAUUUAUUUGGAUUAUCAUUAGAUAUUUGUAUUUCAUUAUUCUAA